AUGUGGAAAGUAUAUGCAGUAAUUUUGCUUUGGAAAUGCGCCACCACUCUAAUUGGAAUUGUAAGUGCGCAAGGAGAAUUCCACAAAGAGCUUAUCUAUGUGCAAGCGAUUUGGAGACAUGGUGACAGAGCACCAAAGCAGUUACCCUACCCUAAUGAUAACUAUAAUGAAACAGCAUGGCCAAGAGGAUGGGGACAAGUAACAAAUAUUGGCAUAACGCAGAUGUAUGAACUUGGGCAAUUUUUUCGACAGAGAUACACUUCAUUCAUUAGAGACUUCAAUGCAGAAGAUGUUGAUUUGGUAUCGUCGAAAUCGGAUCGAGCAAUAGUUAGUGGAUUAGCUAUGCUUCGUGGCUUUUUUCCAGCCAUUGGCCAAGAAGAAUGGCUACAAAAUGAACAAUGGCAACCGCUACUUCAAGUGGCAACAACAGAUGCUAUGUUGAAACCGACUAGUUUCAAUUGUCUAAUGUACAAUGUGAAGAGUGAAAAGGAGAAUGAAGUAUUAUUUAAAAAUAUAAGUAAGCAAUAUGCUAGCUUCUUCGAUUUCCUUGCUAACGUUACUGGAUAUAAGAAGAUGAAUUUCAAAAAGGCUACUUCAUUAUAUAAUAUUCAAAGAGAGAUUGAUCAUAAUAUGACACAACCAUCGUGGGUGUACAAUGUUUGGCCUCAGUUUAAUAAUGAGACAACAAUAAGUAUAAUAAGCAGUUUGAAGAGAAUUCGUCGUAUCUCCCAAUUUAAUUCUGCAGAAAAAGCUCGACUACGUGGCGGACUAUUGAUGAAAGAUUGGAUUGAUCGAGCCAGAAAUGUGUCAUUAGGAUUAUCGGUUAUUCCACAUAAAAUCAAACUUCAUUCUGCUCAUGACGGCACGUUGUUAGCUUUGAUGUAUGCUCUGGGCAUUGGUAAUGACCUGCUUGUUCCGUAUGCUUCAUGCGCUAUAAUGGAGAUAUACAAGACAUUAAAUAGUCACACAAUUAUGUUUUUCUACAAAAAUGGAACCGUAGUACAUCAGUUACUACUACCUGGUUGCUCUUCAUAUGAUAAUUGCACGAUUGCACAAGUGGAAAAAGCGGUUUCAAGAAGAAGCGUUCGAAGUCUACAACAAUUGAAUAAGGCAAAUUUCUUUUAA